UUUUUUUAUUAUUUUUAUUUUUAUACACAUACCAUGGGAGAAUCUCGCACGGAAUUAUUAGCAUGGCUGAACGACCUUUUACAAACAAGAUACACUAAAAUCGAACAAGCUGGAACUGGUGCUGUGUAUUGUCAAAUCUUUGAUUCCAUCUACGGCGAUGUACCUGUUAGCAAGGUGAAAUUCGAAGCAAAACUUGAAUAUGAAUAUGUUGGUAAUUACAAGAUUUUACAAAACAUUUUCAAGAAGCACAAGGUUGACAAGAUUGUUCCGGUUGACCGCUUGACGAAAUGUAAACUCCAAGACAAUUUGGAGUUUAUGCAAUGGGUAAAGAGAUUCUGGGAUCAAAACUACCCAGGAGGAGAAUACGAUGCCUUAGGACGCCGUAAAGGAUUAGGCAGUGCACCCACUGGAGCAGCAACGGGUAACCGUUCUAGCACGACGACUUCACAUGCCAGCACAACAUCGGGACGAGUCAGUUCUGCCGCUGGAGGUGCAAAGAAGGCCACCAAGACACCCGCUUCCCGCAGUGUCAGUCGAGGUGGACGUGCCAGUGUCUUGGACAACCACUCGGCCACCAUGAUCAUCGACCUCAACAAACAGAUUGCUGAACUCAAGUUAACCGUAGAUGGCCUUGAAAAGGAACGUGAUUUUUAUUUCGGGAAAUUACGAGAAAUCGAGAUUGACGUUCAAGAGAAUUUGGAAGGAGUUGAAUUGACCUGUCAAGAAACAGACCGUACUCUGGAAGAGCAUGAAGCCUUCCCCAUUUUACAGUCUAUUCAGACCAUCUUGUACAGCACAGAAGAAGGUUUUGAAGUACCACCUGAGGAAGAAGAAUUAAAGGCUGUAGAAUACGAUGACGAGACUUUUUAGAAUAAAAAAAAAAACU